ACAAAAUGGCCGUUACGAAAAGUGAACCAAACUGCUAAACUAUAUUUGAAGGAAGUUUUUGUCAGUUUCUAGCGAUAUUAUCGUUAGAUUUCUGAUAGAAAAUCUAACGGAAUUAGUUUGCAAUCUAUAAUAUAGCUAAAUCACCAAAGUAUAUGGCAGAACCUUAAAUCAUGGCAAAUGCCGAUUACAGAGUCAAUGCUCUAUGCCCAAUUGACCCGCGCAUGGAUCCACGACGUUAUAAUGAAGCAUACAGAGGUCGUGAAGGUGCAAACGUGCAGCGCCCUAAGAAAGAAGACUUUAUAUCUUUUAAGCUAAUAAAAGACCCUUUUAUUCAUAAAUGCGAAGCUAAAGUUUAUCGCUACGACGGGAAACCUAUAGAAAACCAACCACAUGUCGAAGUAAAAGAUCCAAGGAAACGUCUAGAUUACCUAGAUAGGAAAUUGGCCUUCGCUCAACUUGAUGUACUUCUCCCCGUACCAAUGCUAAAAGAGGAUGACUGCUAUGUAGGCCCUUUGCUCAGGAGAGAAGUUACUAUCGUCAAUCUGAAUAAUAACAUUGACUUAAAAUUCCUGAACAAUAUGGCCCGAGAUUAUAAGAUUUUGAAUUCAAAAAUAUACUUUCAUCCUAAUACAGGAAAACAUCUUGGAAUUGCCAAGAUUGCAUUCUCAUUACUUUGUGAAGCUCAGGAUUUUGUAGAAAAAUUUGAUGGAAAACCCCAAAUGGGUCUAAAAAUCCACGUAUUUUUUGACCCUAAAGGGAAAACUAGACAAAAUUUAAUUGUGGAAAAAAUUAACGAAGUACAUCAACCAGCAACAGCUGCCCCUGUUAAAGAAGCAAAGACCUCCCCUCUUAAUACUUCCCGCGAUCAUUCUCUCGAGAGAAAAACAUCCCAAACAAAGGAUGUACAACAGCAAUCAACUCGAGAUCCAAGAUCUUCUAGGUCUAGCACUGAUACUCUUCAAGAGGAUAACUUUUCCUAUCGGGACUCAUACAGAUACUACGAACGUGAUAGGCGAGAUACCAGACGAUAUAACUAUGAUAACAGAAGAAGAGAGAAGUACAAUAGAGGCGACAAUUACUAUCGAGAUGAUUCAGCUAGCCACAAAAGAAAUUAUCAUAGAAACGACUCUAUUAAAGAGCAAAUUGAACAGCCACCACCCCCGGCUGAAAAUGCAGUUGAGCCCGAUAAAGAUAUUGAAAUGGAUCAAGCCGAACCAUACACAGGUUAUAAUGGUCAAGAAGGCAUAGAAGACGGAGAGCUUGAAGACGACGAAAGGACAGCCAGUCUUGAUACCAGAAUAAAUAUGCUUUUGGGUGUUGAUCACGAAGAACCUGAAAAUGGUGAAGCUUGUCACUUAAAUAUUGAUCAACCCGCCGUUGAAGAGGAAGUGCUAACUACCUUUGAAGAAUCUCAAACCAACGACCAACAACUUGAAUUGCCAGAAAGCUGUGAUAAGACAAAUGAUAAUGAUGAUAGAAUGAGCCUGUCGAGCAUUUCAAACGGAGACGAAAAGAUUGAAUUGAAUGACGCGUGCUUAGACGGGGAGAAUAGAAGUGUUUCUCUUUGGGAACACGAGAGGCAGAAGCAAAUUAUGAAGAAUGCUCUAGAAGGUACAACUAAUCAUCUUCGAGACGUGCUGUAUACCGAUGUCUUUCGAAAAUCAAUACAAGUAUUCGGAUUUGAUGUUUUUGAAGAAUGGUUUGAAAAGUCUAAAAAAGCAGCGAAAAAACCAGAUAUAGAAAACGAUCAGAAAACUGUUGAAUCGACAAAUAAAACAGAGAGCGAUACUGAAAAACAUGAUACGGAAAAGCCAAUAACAACACCUCAAAUUCUUACCAGUGAAAAUCUUUUUGAAAAUAUCGGUAGUGGAGGUUUCCUCGGUUUACGAGCUGGUAUGCCAAAAAUGAGAUCAUUUAAAGUUCCAAAAAAACCAAGAGCUCCGUCUCCAACUGUAACACAGCCAAACUCGAGAAAGUCACCAUCAGAGAACUCAGAAGAUGAUGACGUGAGUGAUGAAGAUUUUGUGACCAAUAAUCAAAAGAAACCACCAAAACGACGGGAGAAAAUACGGUAUAGUUCUUCUUCCCUGUCGGAGGAGAGUGAAUCCUCGUCUAGUAUCAGUAGUGACGAAGGACCAAAUGGCACACCUAUUGCUUCCGAUUUCGAUGCAAAGUCCACCGGCUCCGAAGUUGAUUUAGACGCAGAAAUUGAUAUCAACAAAAUACGGAAAGGUUCGGUCGAUGCGAAGGAAGAAGAGGGAUGGCAAUCACCUGUUUUUAGUUCAUCUCGACAGGAAAAACUAUCAUCUAAUCGAGGGAGGGGAAGAGGAAGAAAGACUAACCGACGAGAUUCCUCUCGAAUCGACGAACCAAUACCUGAAUUUAACUUAAAGAAGGAACCACAAACACCUGAAUUUGAUAUUCCUGACAAUAAAUCAUUUUCUGAAAGGGACGCCGUCCUUACCUUACUCCAAAUAAGUAAGAGUGGUGGUGGGACAAUAAAGCAGGAUGAUAAUUUCAAUUCCACUGCUCAAUCCGUUACUGCAGAACAUAACUAUUUUAAUUCAACACCUCCACAAAAAAAACAUACAGGAAUAUUGCCAACUUUCACUGAUAUCGUUGAGAAGGAACCUGUAGAUAAAAAACUCGAAGAAAUAAACGACUUCUUGGCGGCUGUUCUUCACGAUCAUUGUUAUGUUUUACAAAGCACACCAGCAAAAUCACCUGGAAAGACACAAUUGCAGUCUCCGCCCCCUACAUCUAAGUCAAAGAAGAUAUUGUCAUCUAUUUCUGCUCAAGUUCCUGCCAAGAAGCAGAAAAGAAUGCCCAAAUCAAAGCCAAAAGCGGUUAGGUCAAUUAACUUUAGCAGGAGGAAUGAAAGUGAAGAACAAAAAGUGCUCAGUAACAUAUAUGCUGACGGUAUGGACAGCGAAGAUAUAAAACUAUUAAAAAUAGCUUACGACCAAAUGGUUGUAUCUGGUGAUCACAAAGAGGUUCUUGAAGGAACUCAUUGGGCUGAAACUCCAGCAACAAUUGAUCCACAAUUUAAUAAAUCUAGAAAGCGUGGUGCUAAGAUUGGACUUAGUGCCAGAACACAACCAGUCAGUAUUUUUAAAGAAGCGCGUAAGAAGAAACAGGCUGAUAUAACUCAGCAAUUGUCUUUCAGAGGUUUACGUAGCGUCUCUGAUAAUCGAUUAAACACCAUAGAACGCGAUAGCCGAGCCAAUCCUGUUCAAUCUAGAGAAGCUCGUCUUGAGAAUCGAAGGCAUCUAAAUGCGAUCGGAGAGUAUGAUUUCGAUUCGGAUUUGUUCAAAUUUAAUCAGCUUAAGACGAGAAGGAAACGCUUAAGAUUCGAUAAAUCAAGUAUUCAUUGCUGGGGUCUAUUUGCCGAUGAACCCAUUCAAGCUGAAGAAAUGAUUAUUGAAUAUAUUGGAGAGGCAAUUAGAUCGUCCAUUGCCGACUUCCGUGAAAAGAAAUAUGCUCGCGAAGGUAUAGGAUCAAGCUACUUAUUUCGUUUGGAUUCUGAAAUGGUUGUAGAUGCGACGAAGAAAGGAAACUUUGCGAGAUUUAUCAACCAUUCGUGUAAUCCGAAUUGUUAUGCUAAAGUAGUAACAGUUGAGAGCUCAAAAAAAAUAGUCAUUUAUUCCAAGAGAAAUAUCGAUAUUGGAGAAGAGAUCACUUACGACUAUAAAUUUCCCUACGAUGAUGACAAAAUUAAAUGCCAUUGUGGAUCCGCGCAAUGCCGUGGUUUUCUAAAUUAG